AUGACUGAUAAAGCGUUUACGAAAGAAGAUAAAGAAAAAUAUUUACAAGAAUUUUUAUCCAUCAAAAGAAUUACAAAAAAUUCACCAUUAAUAAAAACAAUUGAAGAAUCAAUUAAUAACAAUUCACCACUACCAUUUAAUGAAGCACCAAAAUUAUACAAUGAUAAUGAUGCAAUUCUAUAUUCAAAUUUAAUACAACCUAGUUGUCCUAAUGUUAAUCAAAAUUUUAAACUAAUUAAUCUUUUGGAACUAUUUAGAGAAUCAAGUUCUAUACAAGCUCAAAAUGCAUUAAGAAGAGAUGAUACAGAGUUUAAAGGAUUUUGGAGUUCUUUUACAUGUUUUUUCAUAUCUUUAAUUAAUUUUCAAACUUUAAUUAUAAUUCCAAUUAUGACUUACGAAUAUGGAUUUGGUUUUUUAAAAUGGUUAACUAUAGCACAUUUUUUAGUUUGCUUUCCUUUUCUAGUCUUUGUAAUUAAUGUAUCUCAAUUUUCAGGACUUGAUUCUUCACGUGUUUAUUCAAGAAUCAAGCAAGUUUGGUGUGGAAUAGAAUAUGCUGUACUACUUAGAACUCUAUAUUCUAUAGUUAUAGUUACUCAGGAGUUACAAUUCACUUUCGAAAGUUUAAAAUUAACAGCUGAAUUCAAAAUAUUAAACAAAAAUUAUUUAGAAUCAUGCUUAUCAAAUAAGAAUGGUUGUGUAAAUAUUGGAUUUAUUCAUCCAUGUUCUACAGGAUAUUCGGAAGAUGUAUUAGAUAAUAUUGAUUGCCGUAAUAUAAAUCAAGCUAAUUGGGAAAAAUAUUUGGAUCCUAAACCUGUAAUAAAAACAAUUUCAAUGAUUCAAUAUAUAACACAUGCAUUUUCAGUGCCAAUUUUUAAAAAAGAUUUAAAAACUGCAUUACUAAUGCCUUUUGUGGUUGUAUUUUUGACAACAUUUUUUAUGUAUUUUGGAAAGGCAAAAUGUGUAGCUGUUAUUGGAUUAUUUUGCAUACCGAUAAUAGGUGGACAAUUAUAUGGUAUACUACUUCUUACAGUAAAUCAAUGGUCAAUUGAAUUCAAUCAAUUUCUAAAUAUAGAAUUUAACGAAUCGUUUCGCAUGAUGGUUGUUAUUUUAACCUUAUCUAUUCGAAGUUUAAAUAUGAUUGAUUUGGUACCAAAAAUUUCUGCUUCUCUUCCAUCAAAAGUAAAAGCAGUUAACUUAGCAUUUCUUAUAAUUUUAUCUAAUAUUAUAAUAAUUAUAAUUUCUACAUGGAUGUAUAUAAUCAGUUCAAUAUACUAUAAAAAAAUAAUAAUGAAAAAUGAUACUAGUUAUGGAAGAAUACAAACGUAUGAAUUAUCAAAUUGGCUUCCAUCCGUAGCGUUAUAUGAACAAUUUAUUAUUAACAACAGACAAUUUGAAAAUGUUUCAAUUCUUGUAUGUAGUUUUAUUCAACGUUGUUUCCUUUUAUCACUAUAUAUUGAAAUUUUUUAUGAUUAUAUAAAAACAACCUCAAUGAAAACGUAUACCAUCUUUUAUAAAAAUGGUUUUAUUUCAAAAUUCUUAAUAACACUUCUUUGUUAUUUAAUAGGAUUAUUUUUAUUGGAAUCGACAUAUUUUAAUAUUUUUACCUCUCCAAUUAUGUUAAUGCUUCAAAAGGUAGAUACUAGGUUAUUAUUUUUUCAAUUUUUUAUUGUUUCCUAUGUUUAUGGAACCGACAAAUUUUUAGGAAAUAUUAGAGAAAUGAAUGGAAAAAGUAAACUUAGAGAUAAUAUAUUAAAAUUUUUAAGAAUUAUUGCACAAAUACUUUUUGUCAUUUUAACAAUGACAAGAGAUGAUAACAAAAAUUAUGAAUAUUACAUGAAACAAUAUUUUCAUGAUGCUACAAUUAUAGUACUUAUUGAAUCAAACUCAAUGCUUUCUACUUUAUUUAUUGCUACACCAAUUAUUUUAUUUAUAAUUCUAGAAAUCGUAAAAUCAAGAAGUAAAGGAAUAUAUUGGAAAACAAUUUUUAGAAGUAUAGAUUACUGGGGUAAAAGAGAAAAUAAAUUUAUCAAAGCUUCUAAUCUUCAAGAAGAUUAA